UCCCUUCUCCUCCUGCCCAAGAUAUUCCCUAUUUCUCUCGACCCUUCCUCCUCCGCUUCACCGACUCUCUCCUUCUUCUUCUACCUCCUUUUCCUCUUCUCCAUUCCCACAUUCUUUCCUAUUCCUUUUCACGUGAGAGUGAAAGCGAGGGAGAGGAAGAGAGAGAGGAGAGAGAGGGAGAGAGGCUGCUGGAUCUCCGAAGUUGAUGGCUGGGAAGCCGUACUCGUCGGCAUCGUCGAGAGGGCGGAGCAGUUCCCCAUUUGGCCAUCGUAAGCCUCAGUUUACCUCCUACUCCUCCUCCUCCACCUCCACCUCCACCUCAUCCUUCAUGAACAGCCGCUCGGUUCCCCGAUCCUCCCCUUCUUCCGUAUCCUCUCACUUCUACGGCUCCUCCAACGGCGGGAUUACGAGAUCCACGACUCCCAGCCGCGGCCGCAUGGAAUAUGCUAAGGGAUGGGUUGCUCCCGCUGGUUUUGAGGGCGAUGAGCUGGUCGCCGAACCGUUGGAUCCGACGGGAUCUGGGGACAGUAUCACCGUCACAAUCAGGUUUCGGCCUAUCAGUGACCGCGAGUUUCAGCGUGGAGAUGAGAUCGCUUGGUACGCCGACGGGGACAAAAUAGUCCGCAACGAGUACAAUCCGGCAACCUUCUAUGCAUUUGAUAGAGUUUUUGGUCCUUCCACAACUACUCAAUCAGUAUAUGAUGUUGCUGCCCAGCCAGUGGUUAAAGCUGCAAUGGAGGGCAUAAAUGGGACAGUUUUUGCCUAUGGUGUCACUAGCAGUGGCAAGACACAUACAAUGCAUGGCGAUCCCAAUUCUCCGGGCAUCAUACCUCUAGCGAUCAAGGAUGUCUUCAGCAUAAUUCAAGAUACUCCAGGAAGAGAGUUUUUACUUCGUGUAUCCUACCUUGAGAUAUAUAAUGAGGUUAUCAACGACUUGCUUGAUCCAACUGGCCAAAAUUUACGUGUUAGAGAAGAUGCUCAUGGCACAUAUGUCGAGGCAAUAAAGGAGGAAGUUGUUUUAUCUCCUGGUCAUGCAUUGUCUUUUAUUGCCUCUGGUGAAGAACAUCGACAUGUGGGUUCCAACAAUUUUAACCUGUUCAGCAGCAGAAGUCACACAAUAUUUACCUUGAUGAUUGAAAGCAGUGCUCAUGGUGAAGAAUACGAUGGAGUGAUGUAUUCUCAAUUAAAUCUUAUUGAUCUAGCAGGAUCUGAGAGUUCUAAAACUGAAACGACUGGGAUAAGAAGAAAGGAAGGAUCUUACAUUAACAAAAGUCUUUUAACUCUUGGAACAGUCAUCGGAAAGCUUAGUGAAGGGAAAGCAUGCCAUAUUCCUUAUAGGGAUUCUAAGUUGACUCGACUUUUACAAUCUUCAUUGAGUGGCCAUGGGCAUGUGUCGCUUAUAUGUACAGUGACACCUGCAUCUAGCAAUUUAGAGGAAACUCAUAAUACACUAAAGUUUGCAAGUAGAGCAAAGAGAGUUGAAAUUUAUGCUUCUCGCAACAGGAUUAUUGAUGAGAAGUCAUUAAUUAAGAAGUAUCAGAAGGAAAUAUCGUGCUUGAAGCAAGAACUUGAGCAGUUAAAGAAAGGAAUGCUGUGUGGUGCAAGUCAAGAGGAAGUAAUGAGUUUGCGCCAACAGCUUGAGGAAGGUCAAGUGAAGAUGCAAUCACGUUUGGAGGAGGAAGAGGAAGCCAAAGCUGCUUUGAUGAGUAGAAUACAGAGACUGACAAAGCUUAUACUUGUUUCUACCAAAAACACAAUGCCUGCUUGUUUAACUGAUUUACCUCGACAUCAGCGCCAUCUUUCUUUAGGAGAGGAGGAUCAUGUGAGUAUUUUGAUUCAUAAUGCUGGAAUUUCUAAUUAA